GAACGCCCUGCACGGACCACAGUAAGUUUGGCAACGUCCUCAAGUUCGCGGGCCCCAGGGCGAAGCUGUUCUACCUCUGGUGCGCGAUGCGCUUGAGGCUGAAGGAGAAGGUCAUCAUCCACGAGAACGUGGAGUCGUUCGGCGACCUCGAGCUCAAGACCCACUUGGGGCACGAGUACGUGAUCCUGCGCUCGGUCGUGGACCCCUCGACGUGCGGGUUCGCCAUUGUGCGCGUGCGCCAGUACUGCAUCUGCAUCCAUAAGGGGUGGAUCACGGAGACCCUCGGCCUCCAGAUGGCGACGUCGGACCUUUCCAGCUUGCUCAUGUCUUCCGUCGACGUGGUCCAGACCGGUCGGGAGCUGUUCACCGCUCGCUGCGGCUACACGUUCGAGGACUACAGCAUCUCCAGCCGCGCCGAGCGUGCCGCCGAGUUCGAGUGGGCGGCCAACCGCCCCAGCGUGCUUGAGAGGUGCGUGCGGCCGGAGACGGCGGACGCGUCGUGGCACAACUUCAUCGACCCCCCCGGCUCGUACCUGCAGGCCCUCAGUAUCCCCGAGCGCCACCGCCUGGACCGAUACAUCCAGAUCUACUCCGUGGCCGGGCUCGUCUGCGAUGUGAUGCAGGAUGCUGACAAACGUGUUGUGCGUGGCCGCAACGGGAAGCUCCCGACGCUUAUAUCAGGGCAGGGCCUGUUGUUCUGCCCGACGGUACAUCGUUGGUUUACGACGUCGGAGCUGUGGCUGGCGAUGGGGUUCCCUUCGACGGCAACCGCGGUAGCGAUCGCGGGCGCCACUUGCCAGUUCAGCACGGGCGCCCCCGCCCCUCCCUUCCGGACCCGGGCGCCCCAGGUGAAGCAGAUGGGCAACGCCAUGCACGCGCAGAGUCUCGGGGGGCAGAUGCUCAUCACCGUGCUCAAGCUGGGGCCGCUCAUGACCAAGAGCAAGCGCCAGUGCCAGUCCUUCGCCUUCGGCGGCGACGGCUACUGCGGCUACUACGGCUACGACGACGAGCGCUGCUACGACCUCUGCCGCUGA